UGUAACUCAUAUGUUUCUUCCUCAAAGCUAAAGACUGCCGGCUAAACUUAUCAUGUGCAGCAGUUAAGCUGCUGUCAGCUACAACGUUAGCGGAUAAAACGAGGUAACGGGGAGGAGUUGGUGGCCGUUUCUGAUCUGGAGACCUAGUUUCCUGGAGGAAACCAUUCAAAAAUGUGGUUGAGUACAUUUUCACGUUUCGCCCUGCCGGCCCUGCAGAGGAGCACCUCUGCCAUGACCUGCCGGGCUCUGAGGGCUUGUCGUAGACCAGGCCAGGCUGUAAGUCCAACACCCACUUGUCUGACUUCAGUGCAGCUCCGUGGGCAGCAGACAUUGGGCUCAGCCUCUCUUCCUGUGGCUCGCCACUCGAUGAGGCAUGUCCGGGCCCUGGAUGAGGAGAGGCUGGUUGAGGUGGAGUGGGAGGACGGAGGCCAUAGCCUGUACCCGUUCACCUGGCUGAGAGACAACUGCCAGUGUCCACUGUGUACGCUGCAGUCGGCUCAGGCCCGGAAACUGUUGAUGUCCGAUCUUGACAUCCAUAUGGGAAUCAACGUUGUGGAGGUCACUAAUGACAACAAGGUGUCCAUUGUGUGGCCCGACCAGCACACUAGUGUGUUUGACGCAGAGUGGCUCAAGAAACGCUGUUUCUCUCAUGCUGCAAGACAGGCAAUGCAAGAAGAGCUCUUCCUCAAUGAGCGCUAUUACUGGGGCCGCAAACUACGUAUCCCCACAGCCGACUACCAGGAAGUCCUCCAUGACGAUAAGGCUGCGCUGGCCUGGCUCCUGGCUCUGCGCCGCGUUGGCAUUGUAUACCUGAAGGGGGCUCCGGCAGAGCAAGGCCAUGUGGCCAGACUCGCCGAGAGGAUUGGCUAUCUCAGGCUGACGUUCUACGGGCACACAUGGCAGGUCCAGGACAAAUACAUGGCAAACAAUGUGGCCUACACGUCAGGCAAGCUCAGUCUCCACACUGACUAUCCUGCAUUACACUUUGCUCCUGGAGUGCAGUUUCUGCACUGUAUCAACCAGGCUGUGGAUGGAGGGGAGAGCGAGGUGGUGGAUGGCUUCCACAUGGCCGAGCAGCUGCAGAGAGAAGACCCGGAGGCCUUCGACACCCUCACCUCGCUCCAAGUGGACUUCACCGACACGGGGACGGACUACUGCGACUUUAUGCUGCAGUCCAAGAAAUGCAUCAUCGACGUUAACGCCGAGGGUCGAGUCUUGAGGAUAAACUACAACAACGCAACCAGAGACUCAGUGCUGGACUUUCCCUUGCAUCAGGUUCAGCCCUUCUACAGAGCGCUGAAGGCCUACGUGAAUAUCAUGAACCGACCGGAGAACGUGGUCACCUACCGGAUGGAGCCAGGCGACAUCGUGACCUUUGAUAACUGGCGUCUGCUGCACGGCCGGAAGAGCUACAUCAGCAGGCCGGACCGGUUGCGACACCUCGAGGGCGCCUACCUGGACUGGGACGAAGUCAUGUCUCGUCUCCGGAUUCUCCGCAGCUCCGUCAACGAGGACAUAAACUGUGUCCCGGUUGCUCUGGAUUAUCCACAAACACCCCCGUGUGAAACCACAGCUGACAGUGUGGAUCAUCAGUUCAUAGAAAGACACACUGCUGUUUACUUCUAACGUGUAGAUAUGGUUGACAAAAGUUUCAGAAACCUCGAAACUUCUGCAUAUUAAAGGAUAAAACGGGAUAAAAUGUUUUAUGUAGUUAAUUGACCCUUUAAAUAUCCAGACUUGUGAUGCUAUUAAAUUGUGAUUUGAUGUCGAUGAGUCUGUUUUGCUCACUAUUGUUAUUGUAAAUAGAAUUUUGCUUUUAAAUCCACAUCAAGAGUUGCCAAGUUAUUUAUUUAAGGCAUUUUUUGUGUAACCUAAAACAUUUAUAAAGACAAGUGUGGUCAUGCAUUCACAGACUUGUUUACCAUUAGUGGGUUUGAUUGAUGUUUCGUCCUCUGUGGCAACGGGUCGACUGUGUAUUUGCACAUUUAAUAAUGUGCCUUUAUUCCCUUAAUCCAGUCUUAAAUACAACUUUUUAAAGAUUGUGCUGGUGUUCAAUCUGGAGCCAAAUAUUUCAAACGAUCAGACAAACUUGCAUUUUGUAAAAAUGUUUCACUGAACUGUCACAGCGCUCGCUAGAAUAAAAUCUUCAAAGCUC